UACCAAAAUACCACAGGAUAGUGUAUAGGCAACUACUUUUUCUUAAAUCAAGUUUAGGAGCACAUGGAAAAAAAGGUAUUACAGAGAUCUUAAUGAGCAUCUUUUCUCCUCCAGGGCUCUCCUGAUGCCCUCUUUUUCUGUCUGCGGUACUCUAAUUUGUUCUUGCUAUGUUUGGUAGGCAGCUGUUCUAAGUUUUUCCCUUGCUGCUCCUUUUUGUACGGUCCUUCAGUCUUCACCCCAGAGCUGAUGAGGCUCUUUCAUUUUGACCUGCAGUAUCUCUGUGAAUUGCAGAGCUGAGCCCUGCCAUCUAAACUGCCUUUCUGCUUCAUUUUGCUCCUGACCUAACGCCCCCCCUCCCCACCCCUGCUAUUCCAGGCCUGGCCUCUCAUGACCAGAGACUGCUGACUCAUCCUGGCCUGUGCCAAGCUGUGCAGUCGCUUAGCGAUGUGGACAGGAGUCGAAGGACUAGAAUGAGAUCACUGAGCUCAUUUCACUUGUUGCUUACGGUACAGUCCAGCAUGAGCUGGAAAUGUAGGAACCUCAGCCUCUCGAGCAGAAAGAGUAAGUAGAUUAAACACACUGCAUCACCAAGCCCUCAACAAGCAAUAGUAGGGUGGUGGGCGGGGGCUGGCUUUUUCAUGGCCGUGUCUAGGCCAUUCUGGUUCAUCAGGAAUGUUCCUUUGUCCUCUCUUCUUCCUCUCCUCCACAAUCGCACCCUCCCCCCCUUCCCUGAACUUCCCUUCUGAAAAUGUCCGGAUGGCACAGCAGUCAUCUGGGCAGAAAUGAAAUUUUGCUAAUAAGCAGCCUCCACAAGAAAUCCUAGAACAGUGACACUGUUGAAACUGCGUAUGUGUCUACUGGGAACUGACAUGAACUUCCCAACAGAAUUCAAGGAGAUGAAAAAAAAAAUCUCUUUUUGUUCUCCUUUUCUUUCUGAUUCUCUUUUCCUUUCUGUUUUGAGGGAGGUAGUUUCAGGAGAAAUGGCUGCAUUCUGGUGUGGUGUAAAGUUUUCCGUCGGGAGACAAUAAUGUACAUUCCUCUGGCAGGACGGGAUGGGUUUUUUUUUUUUUGUGUUUCUCUUGCUGUUGUUUAUUUAUAAGACAUUUCCUCUCAGUUAGUGGAAGUUAGAUCGUAAGAGGCUCCAGUGAUUUUCCUUCCACCUCCCCUCCCUAAUUUCUGUGCUUCAGCACUCUGGAACACCGUGAACUCGACGAACUAAUCAAAGCAGGGAGCUUAGCAGCCAGGCCUGGACAGCCUCGGGAGUCUGUGCUGAUUCUCAGGCGACACUCCUUGGAUCAGGAACCACAGUCCUGUUCCUUGACCAUCAGCCUGUGGCCUGCCCCUUCUCUUUGGAUGCAGCCGCUCUGUGUUCCCUGCCCCAAUGAACAGCUGCACUAGGCCCAAGCCUUGGAGUGAUUUACCUGAAGAGUGACACCAUUUAUUUGAAAACUACUGAAGAAACCCAAGACAGCUGAAAACCAGAAGGCAUCUGAGGAGAAUGAGAUUACUCAGCCGGGUGGAUCCAGCGCCAAGCCGGGCCUUCCCUGCCUGAACUUUGAAGCUGUUUUGUCUCCAGGCCCAGCCCUCAUCCACUCAACACAUUCACUGACAAACUCGCACGCUCAUCCCGGGUCAUCUGACUGUGACAUCAGUUGCAAGGGGAUGACCGAGCGCAUUCACAGCAUCAACCUUCACAACUUCAGCAAUUCCGUGCUCGAGACCCUCAACGAGCAGCGCAACCGUGGCCACUUCUGUGACGUGACGGUGCGCAUCCACGGGAGCAUGCUGCGUGCACACCGCUGCGUGCUGGCCGCCGGCAGCCCCUUCUUCCAGGACAAGCUGCUGCUGGGCUACAGCGACAUCGAGAUCCCGUCGGUGGUGUCGGUGCAGUCGGUGCAAAAGCUCAUUGACUUCAUGUACAGCGGCGUGCUGCGCGUCUCACAGUCGGAAGCCCUGCAGAUCCUCACGGCCGCCAGCAUCCUGCAGAUCAAGACGGUCAUCGAUGAGUGCACGCGCAUCGUGUCGCAGAACGUGGGCGACGUGUUCCCGGGGAUCCAGGACUCAGGCCAGGACACGCCACGGGGCACCCCCGAGUCGGGCACCUCGGGCCAGAGCAGCGACACCGAGUCAGGCUACCUGCAGAGCCACCCGCAGCACAGCGUGGACAGGAUCUACUCAGCGCUGUACGCCUGCUCCAUGCAGAACGGCAGCGGCGAGCGCUCCUUCUACAGCGGCGCCGUAGUCAGCCACCACGAGACUGCGCUCGGCCUGCCCCGCGACCACCACAUAGAAGACCCCAGCUGGAUCACGCGCAUCCACGAGCGCUCGCAGCAGAUGGAGCGCUACCUGUCCACCACCCCCGAGACCACGCACUGCCGCAAGCAGCCCCGGCCCGUGCGCAUCCAGACGCUGGUGGGCAACAUCCACAUCAAGCAGGAGAUGGAGGACGACUACGACUACUACGGGCAGCAGAGGGUGCAGAUCCUGGAGCGCAAUGAGUCCGAGGAGUGCACGGAAGACACCGACCAGGCCGAGGGCACCGAGAGCGAGCCCAAGGGCGAGAGCUUCGACUCGGGCGUCAGCUCCUCCAUAGGCACCGAACCCGACUCCGUGGAGCAGCAGUUCGGGCCGGGGGCGGUGCGGGACAGCCAGGCCGAACCCGCCCAACCUGAGCAGGCCGCGGAAGCCCCGGCUGAGGGCGCCCCGCAGCCGCACCAGCUAGAGACCGGUGCCUCCUCCCCUGAAAGAAGCAACGAGGUGGAGAUGGACAACACGGUGAUCACUGUCAGCAACAGCUCCGACAAAAGUGUCCUGCAGCAGCCUUCGGUCAACACGUCCAUCGGGCAGCCAUUGCCAAGUACCCAGCUCUACUUACGCCAGACCGAAACCCUCACCAGCAACUUGAGGAUGCCUCUGACCUUAACCAGCAACACGCAGGUCAUUGGCACAGCCGGUAACACCUACCUGCCGGCCCUCUUCACUACCCAGCCGGCGGGCAGCGGCCCCAAGCCUUUCCUCUUCAGCCUGCCGCAGCCCCUGGCAGGCCAGCAGACCCAGUUUGUGACAGUGUCCCAGCCCGGCCUGUCGACCUUUACUGCACAGCUGCCAGCGCCACAGCCCCUGGCCCCAUCCGCAGGCCACAGCACAGCCAGUGGGCAGGGCGAAAAAAAGCCUUAUGAGUGCACUCUCUGCAACAAGACUUUCACCGCCAAACAGAACUACGUCAAGCACAUGUUCGUACACACAGGUGAGAAGCCCCACCAAUGCAGCAUCUGCUGGCGCUCCUUCUCCUUAAAGGAUUACCUUAUCAAGCACAUGGUAACACACACGGGAGUGAGGGCGUACCAGUGUAGCAUCUGCAACAAGCGCUUCACCCAGAAGAGCUCCCUCAACGUGCACAUGCGCCUCCACCGGGGCGAGAAGUCCUAUGAGUGCUACAUCUGCAAAAAGAAGUUCUCCCACAAGACCCUCCUGGAGCGACACGUGGCCCUGCACAGUGCCAGCAACGGGACCCCUCCUGCGGGCACACCCCCGGGGUCCCGCGCUGGCCCCCCCGGGGUGGUGGCCUGCACGGAGGGGACCACCUAUGUCUGCUCCGUCUGUCCAGCAAAGUUUGACCAAAUCGAGCAGUUCAACGACCACAUGAGGAUGCACGUGUCUGAUGGAUAAGUAGUAUCUUUCUCUCUUUCUUAUGAACAAAACAAAACAACAAAAAAGAAACAAACAAACAAAAAAGCUAUGGCACUAGAAUUUAAGAAAUGUUUUGGUUUUGUUUUUACUUUCUGUUUUCGUCUUCGUUUCGUUUCAUUUUGUACUACAUGAAGAACUGUUUUUUGCCUGCUGGUACAUUACAUUUCUGGAGGCUCGGGGGGAGUAAUAGUUCUCCCAGUCUCCCUUGGAUGGUGGCCUUAAGGCCUGGUAGUGCUUCGGAGGUCCACUGGUUGGAUCUCUAGCUACUGGCCUCUAAAUACAACCCUUCUUUACAAAAAAAUCUUUAGAAAAAAAAAAAGUAAAAAAAAAAAAUUUUUUUUUUCACUUGUGAAGAGCACUACAAAAAUAUAUAACAAAAUCUAAAAGGCCUACUGUCUUUAAGUACACCGCUUGCAGUGUUUCAGUGGACAUUUUCACAAUUCUGGCCGCUUGGACUUCACAGUAACCAUUUAAAACUGUGGAAUAUAUCACUUUCUGGUUGAAAACCCAGAGGGAAGGCCCUGCUCUUUUCCACCUGCCACGUUGUCUGAUUUCUGUAAAAAGGGCUGUGGGGGUGGGAGGGGGUAUAGGUUUGAUGGUGUGGGGAAGGCAAAUGGCAGGCUUCUCCCCCAGAUUCUGCUGGGUCCACACACCUUGGCCCACCUCCUCCACACCCCCCUUUCAGCAGAAGCCAGGAAGACUUGGACAAGCAUCAAGCAACAGUGGCUAUCGUAUUUAUUCAGUGUCUUCGCUGAGCUCCAGCCUCAGCACAAUCAAGAGGGACUUUCAUGAAAGGCAGGAAUGCAGAUAAAACAAAGAUAUCAGAGGUUUGCACCUACGUUUCUAGGUACAAGAGAAGGAUUACUUCCAACAAUCUUUGCAAAAAAAAAAGUGUCAGGAUAUAUUCUUGUGGAAGAGGAAAAGAAAGAGAAAUGGAGGGUGGGGGGAAUAAUAAAAAGUUCUUGAGGCUUUUUUAAUUCAAAAUUUUAUAGAGGGGCAAAAGUGACGUUUACCAGAUAGAAUGCUGAUUUUUUUAAUAUAUUUACAACAGUAUUUGUGUAAAAAAAAAAUACAAAAAAAGUGAGAUUGUUAAAAGUAAUUUUUUUUCAUUUUGGUUUUGCAUACACUGCCACCAAUCCCUUCUCUUUUAUUUUAUUUCACACACAUAUAUAUAUUUUUUGGUAAGUCAAGACUGUUAAGGUUAGCGAUACUGCUUCCAGAUAGAAAGAAUAAAAGGCAAUUAAAGUUAUAUUUGAAAGAGAGGAAGGAUAUUUUCUUCAUAUUUUUUUAAAUUUUUCUUAAUUUUUAUUAUUUUAAGUAUUGCCUGGGUUGAGGGCCUCUGGCCAGCCCAUCCCUGCUGUAAUUUGAACUGCUGCUUUGUAUUUUGAUAUGUAGUUUUUCAACUUUUAGCAAGCUUAUGUUGCUCCACUGAAUAUUUUUUUCACCAAUUCAUCUAGAAUUCUGUUCUUUUUCACGGGAGGGACUUUAUCGUUCAGUAACAGAUGUCUUGCUUCUCUGAAAGUUUCAUUGAGAUCUUGUGAUUCUAGAAUUUCUAUUGACUUUACCUUUUUUCUCUGAUGAAACACUAGUACUCUAGAAGUCUUGACAAAUGGGUCCUUUCUGUUUGUGGUCAGCCGGGAGGAGGAGUUCACGAAACUCUGCUGUUCCUCCUCACCCUUCACAACUGCAGAGAACGGUAUUAUCAGAAGCCUGUUGCAGAUCAGGAUGCCUCAAUGCCACAAUCACUUUCUUCCUUUCAAAGAUCAGUUUCUGUUCCCACCCUGGUUGAGAGGGCUAAAUAAGAUGAUUAUUCUUUAGAUGCCUUAUCAAUCCUUGCUCGUUGGUAAGGUUUUAAAGAAACUAACAAAAAUCUCCCAGAUGCCCAACAUCCAUCAUCCGGAAGACCACCAAUUCAUUGCAUCAUCUUAGAUGCCACUCUCUCUUCCUAGUUGAGAUUUCUCUCCUCGGUCCUGAAUAAGGUAUCAGAAUAGAGAUUUUUUUCCAUUAUAGACAGUGUCCUAAAGGGAUUCCAACUCAAACAUAGGAAUUCUUAAACCUUAUAAAAACUCCAAAGGUGAUUUCACUGCUGGGCAUAUUUUAAUACAUGUAAGGGGGAAAGUAAAUCUUUAAACAAAGCAGAAACACUAAACUACAGUUUAAAAAAAAAAGAAGGAAAGAUGUAUCUCAGUUUCAAAAUUACUUUGCAUUUGCAUUUAAUUUUCCUAUCAGCAACUUAUUUAUAAAAAAAAAUUAAAACUGUGCAACAAAUGGGGAGAAAUCUUCCAAGGGAAGCAAGUGUAUAAUAACUAAAUCGGUUUUACUCAUCAUUUUAGAAUUGGUUCACUUGCAUCUUUUCCGUAAGGUUUUGCUGAUAAUUAGUAAGGUUAGUACAACUGGCGUAUGUGUGAGUUUGAUUUGGUCCUUGGUCCUUAAUUCAGUAAAUAUUUUGCUAGAAAUUUUAAAGUAGCCAUGGAUGAUUAACUGACCUUCAAGUAUUGCCCGUCAUGAUUUCUGAGAGGAGUCCUACCACAAACUAUGUAUCCAAAAUUGACCUGUUUUAAAAGCUGGUGGGAAACAGCUUCAGAAAUAAGAAAAAGUCUAUUUUCUUUUGCUAAUUGUGCUUUUUGAAGUAGCUUAGAUUCCAGUGUUUCCACCUACUACCAACAGAGGGAGCAUUAGUUAAUUAACCGUGUCAUAGAGUUUUGAUAUUUUGAAAAACAAGUCAUUCAACCCAUGAUGUAACACAGAAAAAAAAAUUGACAUUAAAAAAGAUCUUUUCAAUCUAAAGGAAAAUAACAUGAAAUCACUCAGCAUAUGCUACAAAUGGAAGAAAGUCAAGAGCCACUUUAAAAUAUUUUGAAUUAUUUGACAGUAGCUGGUUUAAAAUGGUGUCCUUACUCAAAUCUUAGCAAAGUAGACAACAUUGUAGGAUCCCCAGAAACUUGAUCCUGGGUGCCAGUAUGGACCACAUUCAGCUAUUUGCUUCUCAAAUCUGAGGGAGACCCAUUUGCCUAAAUGCUGAUUUGUCACAUAAAAAAACUAAGCAAUUGGGUUAAAAUUUACCUUUUGUUCUAGAACAUAUAGGGGAAAAAAAUUCAAGUUGAGUUUAAACCCUACUUUUCAUCCUUCUCCUUCAAAUGAAGUAUUUCUCUCUCUGUUUUUUAAAUGUGGGAGGACCGCUAAAGAAUUCUUAAUGAGAUAAUCAUUUUAAUGAUAUGUGCUAUCCAGGUUUACGUAGCAGUAGACUUUUUCUUACUGUUUCUUUUUUCUUCUUUGUAUAUUCCUCCCAGACAUCUCAUAGUCCAAAAUAGUUGACAGAUUGUCUUCUGGAGAAAGGAAGAAGCUAGAUUGAAGUUGGAGAUGUAAGCUUGGGGAGCAGGGAACUUGUUGUGGGGUCGUUACUCCAUACUCUGGUCUCUGGAAGAGCUGCUUUCCAAACUGACCUACAUUAGGGGAAAUAAACCAGUCUGUACCUGUUUCAAAAGGAUAAAGGAGCUUUUAGUUUAUCAAUCCUUCCUUUUAAAUUAAAUAAUCAUCAACAUCUUAGGAAAGGGGAAACAUUUUGCUUUAAGAACAGAAGAUGAGCAUGGAUUCUUUUUUUAUUUUCUAGUUUCAAAUUCAAAAAUCUUCUUACAUUUCAAACGUCAUGCUAGGAUGUUAAUGAGUGCUUUUAAAAAAGAAAAUUUUCGGUAGCCAGGAAAAAAAAUAGAUGUAAUGGAAUCAAAUGUUCCAGAUAUAAGACCUCUUAGGAUAAGUACAGGGAAUAAGAACUGGUAUGGAAAAGUCCUUUUUUUUUUUUUUCUAAGCAAUUUAUGAUUUAAAACUGGAUUAGCUGGACAAGGGAAAGGAGAAAAGUCAAAGGGGAAUGUUUAUCUCAAGACAUUUAGAUGUAGUUUAUAAAAUAAAAUGUCCUAGCUCUAAAACAUCAGUAGCAUCUUAACAGACCAGGCCAUUUUGCCCCUAUUAAUAUAAUAAAUGCUAAUAAUUAUACCCACUCCGCUAACUCCCAGUAAGUAAAAUAGAACCCAAAAAAGGGAAGAAAUUGGGACACAUGCAUCUGAUACAAAUCUACACAGGGGAAAAGGUUGAGAAACAAGCCAGGCCAAAAAAGAAUCUGAAAUGAAAAUCUCUAUAUCAAAAUAUUUCUUACUGUAUAGUUUGCAUUGUAAACUUUAGCUUUUAAUACCAUUUUAUAGACUUUUUCUUCCCCAGAUUCCUAAUGCUCUAUGAGUAAGUGUCGUGGAAAAUUUCCUGCUGUUGUUCAGGCUGAAGCCCAUUUCUUCCUAGGCAUCUUGGAGGUCACAGUAGCUCCUGACCUUAGAAAGAAAGACUUGAAUUUACUUUGUUUAAAAGUCACAGGGUUUUGUUUUGUAUCAGCCCAACAUUCUGUAAGGACCAAGAAGACUUCUAACUCAUGAACAGUUAGAAUGCAUGCAUUGUGAUAUGAGAAGAGAAAAGGUUUCCUCUGGGUGUGUUACUUUCACACUGAUCCUGAAGACUUCCUGUGCCCCCAUCAUCCAAGUACACCAACAGUGCGUGCAAAGGAGGAGCAGGCACCACCUGAGAUGCUCUUGGAAUUUAGGAGAAGGGAGGGGGUGCCCUGUCUGUUGUGACCUGACUUAAAAGACAUUGUAUAAAAGAAUUCUUUAAUGUAGUCAUGAGUUGAAGUCCAGGGACCUGGGAGCCGUAGGGAAGAGAACAGAAGGUUUGCAAAAUGUAUUCAGCAUCCAAUAAUGCGAAGCCAGAAAGCAUCCAAUCACAAAACUAGGAGGUUUGGCAAGAUGUAUUUAGAGAAAGCUCUGGGGUUUUCCACGGGUAGGGUCAACAGACUUUCUUUUGAGUGAUUUCUGGCUCUGAGAAACCUCUUUACUCACUAUAAAAGAACUUUAUUUAAAUGGCCAAUUUUGUCCCCCAGAGAAAGAUUUUAUAAAGAGAAAAACAGGACACUAAAGACACAACCAUGUGACUUGGUGUCAAACAAAAGGAAGGGCGCACUAGAAUUUCAAUAGACUCCCUGAUUCCACAGAAGAGCCAGGCCAACCCAGUGCCCCUCGGUGCCUAGUGUGUGAAGAGGGUGCUUGAGCCGCACCCGGCUCCCCAAGGCCAAAUGCAGCCUUGCACUGGAGCGGCCACAGCUGCUUCCCCAAGAAAGAAAGCUGUGGUGACUCAGUGUUCCUGUAAACACAGAGCCUGGAAACUACUAACCCAAAGCAUCAUUUCUAGUACUAGAUACUCAAAUGAUUAACCUGACCAAAACACCCCAAAGAUCUUGCUCAGUCUCUGAAUAUCUACAGAAUACUGACUCAGUAUUCUCUGCUACAAUACUGUAGCAGUGGUGCACGUUAAUAGAUCCCAGGAAAUGGUGUGAAACACUAGGGUCUGUUUGGAUUCUUUCUAGGGUGAAGAGGUAGAAGAUGAGGGCUGCACAGCAUGGGUCCCUCUUCAGAACUAUGUAUUUCACUGAAUGAGGGGUAGAACUGCCCUUUGUUGAAACAAAAAACAUCAUUUUUCCACACUGCUGACCAAAAAUGCCUGGAUUCCAGUGUUUCUUCAGGCCCAGCCUAUUGCUCCAAAAACUGAAUAAUUUCAGACUAAAUCUAAUCUGAAGUGACCUCAGUUAAGGUAUUUUCACAGGAAGCCACUUAUAGUAAAGAAUUACUGCCUUAAAUCAGAAAGCCCAGGGAAGAGAACAGAAAUAGAAAGAUUGGAAGGGUGUGAAGACGUGGCCCUUUCUUGCCUUUUAAUGGUUGCAUUAUCGCAAAACUGAGCCCUAUUCAUGACUGAAGACUAUGGAAACAGUUACUUUACAGGGAGGCACCAAACUUGUAUGGAACUGGCUGCUUUUAGGAAUGGCUGCUAUUUCUUAUCCUAUUUCAGUAACAUAGGUCUGGGCUGGAUGUAAAAUAGACAUCCUAUUAGCUAAAUAGUGAGUCCCAUGAGACAUGAUCACAGGUGCCUAAGAUGCUAGUUUGAAUCAUUUCCUUAGCAGGGAGAACAAUCUCAACAAAAAGCUUUCUCUUCCUGUACAAUGUAUAUCGCUAAACUUUUUUUUUUUUUUUCUCAGUUUCAGUGAGCAUCUGGUUUAUCUGGUGGCUUUUUGUUUAAAUGCAAACUCACAACUUUCAAAUCCUCAAUGAAGGAGUACAAUCUGCAGAUCGUAGGGAAAAUCUAGCCACAGUUAUUGGAGUCCUGGCUUUUGCGAUACCUAAUUAGAGUGUAAAAAGUCCCUAACUAGCCCUCUUUCAAAUUCAGUGGUUUCUUUGAUUCAAAAUGCUUCAGUGAGAUUCUAAUACACCCAAGACAGAAAAAAAAAAAAAAUUAACCCCCUAGGAGACAUCUGUUUCUACUA